ACUGACGUUUAGACAAGACUUUUAACCACUUUAUUUUUACCUCCUAGGCUAGAGGCCUACCACGAAUUCACUCUCUAGAAAGCUCGCGAUUGUGCAAGCAAUGUUGAAACCCGAAAGAGAAACCGUGGAGUAUCUGAACUUUUGAACAGUGAUAUCCACAGUUUCUGAACAGCUACUGCCAUUGCGCAUUGUCUUCCACCUGUUGAACAGUUGCUGGGCUCAAGCCACCAUACUGGCCAAUAGCAGAGCGCUACCGGCGCAUGCAAUUCCGCAUGGCAGCGAGCACGAGCGAACAAUAAGCGACUACAUCCGAAGUAGGUUAGUCUUGUGCAACAAACUAGUUUGGUGCCUGUGAAGACUGUGCUGUUGCCCGGAGUGUAAAAAAAGUAUAACUCGUCGCGUCACAUUGGGAGGAGAUAGUGAUGAUUCACCGGCAGCUCUGGGCUUUAUAAACGCAAUUACCCAACAGGGUGCAGUCAGUGCAGUUGUGCCGUUAACCCACACAAAGACAACGAGUCAGCCUAUUCUGAGACCCUUGUUUACAGGCAGCACAUCCACGUCCCUGAUGGGAUGUCCGCAGAGGCACAGCGGAGAGAGAUGACAGGAAGAUUUUUUUUCUUUAUUUCUAAAUAAGUAUAUCUAACAAAACAACCCUAUUUUUGUCCUUAUAUCUAUAUUUUCAUCAAAAUAGCCUUGCGCAUAGGACACAGGCGAUAUCUAGGUCUAAUACCUAUUUUUAUAAACCAAAACCAAAACCAAAGUAAAUCAUCAGAUUUGUGGUUGUGGUGUAUCUUGGGGCCUUUCCCCAGCUGUUGACAGCAUGUACUUAAAAAAGUACAUGACCGAGGGCCUAAUUCAGGUGGCCAUCCUGCUUAGCUUAUGUGGGAUGCGUGUGGAUGUUGAUCCAUACCUGCCCCCUCUACGGGAGAUCAUCCUUGGACAGAGCUCCGCCCUGACACAGACGCAGUUCCACAACCUCCGCAACUCCCUGGAGGGCCAGGACCUCCACCCCAAGAGCGUGGACCUCGAUGGCUUCUUCACCGCCCGCAGGCUUCUGGGCUGGGUGCGCUCCCUGGAUCGCCUGCAGCUGCCCACCACAGAGCUGGAGGCCUGGCUGGUUCACCGGGAGCCCGAGCCCCUGGCGCCCGUGUCUGGGCAGGCUGGGCAGCUGGAGGGCAACAGCGGGCUGGACGGCACUGGAGAUCUCCCAGACCUGGGCCUGAGAAUAGGAGGAAGUGGAGGUGGUGGUGGAGGAGGAGGAGGAAGUGGAGGUGGAGGAAUUGGAGAGCUGGGCUACGGACAAAUCGCCGUCGACAACGACGACACCGCCCCAGGCGCUGUGGCUCCGCUCUCGAGAAGCGGACAGCAGGACGGCAGUGACAUCAUCAAAGAGGAAGGUGAUGUUUUAAACUUCCUGUGGCCUCAGGAAGCAGAUCCAGGUCAGCAGUCUGAAAGCCCUGGUUACAGACACCACCGCCCAACGCCAGAACCUCUUCUGAGUUCGUUUGAUGAGGAGGAGGAGGAGGAUGAGUUCCGUGCUGACAUUUGGACAACUGGAGGGCAACAUCACACUUAUGGGGACCUUCCGUUUGGGGCAGAUGUGCAAGAGCUGAUGGGCCCCGAAGUGGACACUUCACUGUCCUUACAGGAGUGCUUACAGCUACUGGAGGACACCUCCCCUUUUGGGCAGGAGGCAGAGCUUCCUGACCCAGAGCUGAUGGGACUGGAUGAAGAUGUGUCCUUCUCUGCCCAGAGGCCCCUUCUGUCUCCCCUCAUCCCAGGGGACUCGUCAAUGGAACUGGAGCAGCAGUGGCACGACCUUCUGGCCAUCAUGGAACCCCAGGAUAUGGAGUUGGAUGAGCCGGCGCUGAAUUCACCGGGCAGCAAUGAAGUGCAUGCACCAGUCACUGGGUCAUUGGAUACGUUGCUUCAUCAAGACGUAAGCCUGCACCAGGCCUCCGUGCCCAGAGUACUCGAGGAUGCCAUGGAGGGAUUGUCCCAUUUGGGUGCCGUCCAGACACCUUCAACACAACACCACUACUCGAGCAACUCUUCUGACGGCACCUUUGGUUUUGGGUCUCCUCAAAUAGCAGAUCUCUUGUUGCCUCCCGUGCUGAAUGGCAGCGCCAGCAACGAUUCCAAUUUGGUCGAUCCUGCUUUGCUCAUGAACCUAUUAGAGGAGCCAGCUUUGGCCAGUCCCCUCAGACCCCUGCUAGAGGAGUCCAUGUUGGACGAGAUUAGUUUAAUGGGCCUGGCCCUGGAGGAAGGCUUCAAUCCCUCCCAGAUGAGCCAGCUGGCUGAGCACCUUGAGGAUUCCGACUCAGGGCUUUCCUUAAACUUCAGCCACAGCCCUGCCUCCCCGAGUGGAUCCGAGGCUUCCUGUUCCUCCUCGUCUUCAGACUCCUCCUCUUGCUCUUCGCUGUCGUCUGCAGGGUCCUUUUCCGAAGAGGGGGCUGUUGGGUAUGAUCCCGGGUAUGAGGGCAUGGAGGACUCUGAGGAGGGCGCAUUUGAAGGACGCACAGCAGAGACCAGCAAAGUGUGUCGGGCAAGCUACAUAGAGCCCAGUCGCUUUGAACACCUCCCGUGGCUAGACAACGUUAGCCACGAUCACACUUACAACCAGCCGCUGUCCUCGCGGCGAAGUGCAGAAAAAUCCCCAAAAGGCUGUUUUGAGGAGCCGCAAGAAUUUGUGAUCCAGGAUAAGUCUACGGGUCGUGACGAGCGCAGAGCCCGUUCGAUGAGGAUCCCCUUCCCAACCAGUCAUAUCAUCAACCUCCCUGUAGAGGAGUUCAACCAGCUCCUCGCCAGGCACAAGCUCAGCGAGGCCCAGCUCACACUGGUCCGAGACAUCCGUCGGCGAGGCAAGAACAAGAUGGCAGCACAGAACUGCCGGAGGAGAAAGCUGGACGUCGUCGUCGGACUGGAGCACAGCGUAGAGGGCCUUCGGCGUCAUCGGGCCCGCUUGCUCAGAGAAAAAGCGGAGAUUAACCGCUCGGUCCUGGAGAUGAAGCAGCGUGUCAGCAGUCUCUAUCAGGAGGUUUUCUCCAGACUGAGAGACGAAGAAGACAGGCCUUACUCGAGCCAGGAGUACUCGCUUCAGUUUAACACAGACGGCCGUGUCGUUCUGUCCCCCAACAGCACGAGAACACAGUCCAGAUGCAAGCCCAGCAAGAAACAGAAGGGCAAGAGAAAGUGAGUGGCUGAGGUGAAACUGAUGUAAAAAAAAGAGAUUGCUCUCCGGACUCAGGUACUGGAGCGAGAAAUUCCUCCUACAUCUCUGUGGAGGCGUCUCUUCCCAGUGAAAACUGUUCUUAAAGAUGAAGGUCAGAAAAUAACAUUGUAAGUAGCAGACUGCGUUGAUUUGAACAGGAUGGGAACAAGAGAGAACAAGAGGGAGAGAACUCUCGUCAGUCACCACCAUGAGAGCUGCUGAAAAAAUAAAUAAUAAAAAAAAAACGAACACUGCAGAAAUUACAGUGGCACACAUGGAUGUGCUUUCAAACAAACAACACAGACCUCUGAGUGAAAGAACUUUGUAUGUGUAUGCUGACCGGACACCAAAGAUGGUUGAAUUGAAAACUAUAAGGAAAGAAAAAAAAAAACAAACAAACAAAAAAAACUUUGCAACGAGAUCACCCUGCAGUGGGCCUACGGGAGUGGUGAAAUCCACCAAAAUAAUCUCCAUGAUGCACAAUUGAAAUACUUGACAUGUUUUGUUGCUUGUGUGUUCACUUUUAGAACAAGCUCACGAUGGUGACAGUUAGGAGGCUGUGGGAAACCCUUUAAGUUGGGCAUUUAAAUGCAGUAUCAACGAGCAGUAGCCUGUGUCUUACAGCUUUUUGGAGUCUAGUGAUAAGUGUGCCUUAUUCAGAAAGACUUGAUUUCCACUGAGUGCGACAACCAAGUGUAUAGUUUUUCUUUUUCUCAAUGUCUGUCAACAUUAUUUUGUGUGCCUCCCCCCUCCUGUGUAUCUACUGAGACAUUAAGUCACUUCAGCUUCAUGGUUUGGGUAAAUCAUGUGACGGGGAAAAUCCCUGAAGCCCGUAAUUGGAAUCACCAAGCUGAAGAGAGCAAGCAAGCACUUCUUAUUUAUUGAUUGAAUAUUUAAUUUUAAGUGCAGCAGCUUGAUUUUGCCGUCAGAAAGAGGGCGAUCUUGCUGACCGUUCAUCGCAUUAGCUGACAUUUUGUCCAGACAUGGCCCUGAAAACUGAAACUGAAAAUAAAAAAGAAAGAAGAAGAAAAAAAAAUUCCCUGAGCUCAGACUCCCAGUAUUAUUUGACCAAUGUUUCAGUGCUUUCUAGCUUUCUCCAGGGUCAUGAUGUGAUGAGGUGGUACUGCAGAAAUGCAAAUGGAUGUUCUUCGUGGCUCUUCAUAGGAACGGACCUACGUGGUCAUCUGAAAGUAAUGGUUCUGAACGAACAUGUAUGCUGCCUUAGAAUUCAAAAGCUAAGAAGAGAGUAAUACUAGUGCCCAACAGCUCAAAGUUUAUUUAAUUUCAAUGUCAAAACAAUGUUCAAGGUAAAACACUGACAUGGCAAAUAUUUUGUAGUAUUUGUGAGUUGCUAAAAAAGAGUAUUCAACUGUUGCAAUAGCCUAAAUGUCUCAAUUUCUCUACUCCUACUUUGGCUUUGCCUGUACACAUGGCCGAUCUCAGGAAGAACUACUUUCAUCAGCCAUGUUUUUUUUAUGUAUAUAUUUUCUGUGCAGUGUCAGCAUUUUCUAAUGUGUGAAUUGCAAACACUUUUUGUAAAUGUUUUGGUAUUUUUUUCUGGGUUAAUAAAUUAUAUUUCUGUUUGUA